UGAACAGUUUUACGACAAACUCGUAUGUGUGCAUCGUUAAGACAACCACUGUCAUAGAACCAGGAAGAAGGAAGGUGGGAUAGCCCCCCAAAAAGAUACCAUCUCAAAUCAGUCACGGAAUUUACUCUACAAAAUCAUGGGGCUCUGCUGGUGGACGAUUGAAGUGGUUGUCUUGGCGACUCUUUUUAGUUCACUUCUGCUAGUUCGAGCAGAUGAACACGACCACAAGUACACAGAUAAAGAGGAGGUGGUUCUAUGGAUGAAUACAGUGGGCCCUUAUCACAACCGACAGGAGACUUAUAAGUACUUCUCCCUACCGUUCUGCGUGGGCACCAAGAAAACUAUUAGUCACUAUCAUGAGACGUUGGGAGAAGCGCUGCAGGGGGUUGAAUUGGAGUUCAGCGGUCUAGACAUCAAGUUCAAAGAGGAGGUGAUGCAGACAACCUACUGUGACAUUGAACUUGACAAACCUAAAAGAGAUGCGUUUGUCUAUGCAAUCAAGAACCACUACUGGUACCAAAUGUACAUAGAUGAUCUUCCCAUCUGGGGAAUUGUUGGUGAAGCUGACGAGAAUGGUGAGGACUAUUAUCUCUGGACUUACAAAAAGCUGGAGAUUGGACAAAAUGGGAAUAGAAUUGUGGAUGUUAACCUGACCAGCGAGGGGAAGGUCAAGCUUGUGCCAAACACAAGAAUUCCCAUGUCAUACUCAGUGAAGUGGAAGAAAUCUGAUGUGAAAUUUGAAGAUAGAUUUGACAAGUACCUUGAUCCAUCCUUCUUUCAACACAGAAUUCACUGGUUCUCAAUAUUCAACUCUUUCAUGAUGGUGAUUUUCCUGGUUGGCCUUGUUUCAAUGAUCCUGAUGAGGACAUUAAGGAAAGACUAUGCCAGAUACAGCAAAGAAGAGGAAAUGGAUGACAUGGAUCGUGAUCUUGGUGAUGAAUAUGGAUGGAAGCAGGUUCAUGGUGAUGUGUUCAGGCCGUCCAGCCAUCCGCUGAUCUUCUCCUCCCUCAUUGGCUCUGGCUGUCAGAUCUUCUCUGUUUCCCUCAUAGUCAUCAUUUUGGCUAUGAUUGAGGACUUGUAUACAGAGAGAGGGUCCAUGCUGAGUACAGCCAUAUUUGUUUAUGCUGCCACAUCUCCAGUCAACGGCUACUUUGGUGGAAGUCUAUAUGCAAAACAAGGAGGGAGAAGAUGGAUAAAACAGAUGUUCAUAGGAGCUUUUCUGAUUCCUGCCAUGGUGUGUGGCACAGCAUUCUUCAUCAACUUCAUCGCUAUCUACUACCAUGCCUCCAGAGCCAUCCCAUUCGGCACCAUGGUUGCAGUGUGCUGCAUCUGUUUCUUUGUAAUUCUACCUCUGAACCUUGUGGGGACAAUUCUGGGCAGGAACCUUUCCGGUCAGCCCAACUUUCCUUGUAGGGUCAAUGCUGUACCCAGACCCAUCCCAGAGAAGAAAUGGUUUAUGGAGCCGGCGGUUAUUGUGUGUCUAGGUGGCAUCCUUCCAUUCGGGUCUAUAUUCAUUGAGAUGUACUUCAUCUUCACAUCUUUCUGGGCCUACAAGAUUUACUAUGUGUAUGGAUUUAUGAUGCUGGUGCUGGUGAUCCUGUGCAUUGUUACAGUCUGUGUUACCAUCGUCUGUACCUACUUCCUUCUCAAUGCAGAAGACUACAGAUGGCAGUGGACAAGCUUUCUCUCUGCAGCGUCAACAGCUGUUUACGUUUACAUGUACUCCUUCUACUACUAUUUCUUCAAAACAAAGAUGUAUGGCUUAUUUCAGACAUCAUUCUAUUUUGGCUACAUGGCUGUGUUCAGUACUGCUCUGGGAAUCAUGUGUGGUGCGGUGGGUUACAUGGGAACAAGUGCCUUUGUGAGAAAGAUCUACACAAAUGUGAAAAUCGACUAGAAACUCUGCAGCGACGCUGCGAAUCAGCCGACACUUCCUCCCGGUCGAAGCGGGCACAAAGUCUCCAUUUAUUUUGCAAGAAGAGAUUGUGGUAUCUUGUAUAAAAUCUAGUUUUCCAUUUUCUCAAAGAAUUAAAAGUUGCAGCAUGAUGCGUACACAAGGGUAAAAUGAGAGGUGUAAUAAACUUUUUAUUUUUUUGUUUUAUCUGCUUUUCGUUUUUCCCUCCAGAGGAAAUGCAGGCAGUAAAUGCAGAUAAAAG